AUGAAUUAUUUGAUAAGAUAUCUUGAGAAGAUAAAAUCUCUGAUUAAUACUGAUUAUCAAAAGGAAAUUUUUCAAUUACCGUUGAUCUCAAAUCUUUGUUUUCUUACUCAAAUCAAUAUUAUUGAUACUUUUUUCUUGUUAAAAAGUGUUUCAAAUCAUCCAAACAAAUUAAUGCUUAUUAUUUGGGUAUCAUCAAGUAAAUGGAUAGACCGGAGACCAUCACUAAUCCAAGUCACUAUGAUGAUGCUUGUCUAUUGUCAAAAAUUUUCUUCUUUUGGCAUGCAAGUUUCAUGUGGAUCGGUCUCAGUCGUGAACCAAAUAAAGACGAUUUUUUCAAGUGUCCUAGUGAUGAUGAAGCUCUUAAGGUUACAACGGAUUUAGAAAGAAAUUGGAAUCGGCAAAUUAAAGAUGCUAAAUCUAAAGGUCAGGCUCCCAGUUUACUUAAGACCAUCAUCAAAACCUAUGGACUAACGACAGUCUUAAACUGUAUUUUCUUAACGGUUGAUGAUUCGUUAAACUUUAUACAAACUUUUCUUCUUGGAUUAAUUGUUCGCUAUUUUUCAAGUAACAAUUACUCGAAUGUGACCUGGAAUGAGUGCUUAUACUAUUCUAUUGGAUUAACCGUCACUAUUUUUUCCUUUGGAAUGAUUCGACAUCACGUUUUUCUUUCAACUAAUAGACAAGGUCUUCGAAUACGAACUGCACUCACAGUAUUAGUUUAUAAAAAGCUUUUGAAAAUGAGUCGAGCAGCAACCAUGAAAACUGAUAUUGGUUAUAUCUUGAACGUAAUAUCCAACGAUCUUUCAAGAUUCGAUGAUUUGACUUUCAGUAUAAUGUACAUUUUUAUUGGACCGUUUAUGGCAGUUGCAGGUCUAAUCUACAUGAUAAAUAUUCUGGGUCUCGCAAGUUUAGGACUACUUGUGGUUCUAGUAUUCCUUAUGCCUUUUCAAGCGAUGUGUGGAAAAUAUUAUAAUAAAUUCAGGAGAGAAACAGCUCUUCUUACUGAUAAAAGGAUAAAAUCAAUGGAAGAAAUGAUUUCAUCGAUUAAGAUAAUCAAAAUGUUCACAUGGGAACAAUCAUUUGCUGAUAUUAUCUCUAAAAUAAGAAAACAAGAAAUGGUCAAAAUAUACAAUUCAUCGAUUCUUAGAUUGAUGAACAUCGUUGCAAACGCUUCAGCGACUCGGAUCAUGGUGUUUGCUUGCCUUCUAAUCCAUGUGAUACUUGGAAGACCAUUGACUCCAGAAUUAGUAUUCAUUACUUUAUCUCUUUGUAAUUCACUUAAAACACCAGUAACUCUUCACAUUGGUCUUGCAAUUGGAUUAAUUUCUGAAGCUCGAGUUUCUAUUAAAAGAAUUCAGGAUUUGCUUCUAAUGGACGAUAAAAAAACUACCAAUUUGAAUAAUUCAUCUAAUAAUUAUGGAACCAGUCUUCCCAAAGGUUCUAUUAAACUAGAUAGAUUUCGUGGUAAAUGGGAUAAUAGCUUGAAAAUUGACCAUUUGAAAGAUGUAUCCUUGAAAUUGGAACCUGGUGAAUUAUUACUGGUCAUUGGUACGGUUGGUUCAUCCAAAACAUGCUUAAUGAUGGCUCUUCUUGAUGAGAUUGUAACCGUAUCAGGAUCGUGUAUUGUUUCUGGAAAAAAAUCUUAUUCACCUCAGGAACCGUGGACAUUUGCUGGGACCAUAAGACAGAACAUUUUAUUUGGUCGUGAUUAUAAUGAGAAAAGAUAUCGGAAAGUAAUUGACGUUUGUUCAUUGAGAAAAGACCUAAAAUCAUUUCCAUAUGGAGACAAUACUUGGGUUGGAGAGAAAGGUUAUACUCUUAGUGGUGGUCAGAAAGCAAGAGUCACUCUCGCAAGAGCGGUUUAUGAAGAUGCCGAUGUUUAUCUUCUUGAUGAUCCACUAAGUGCCGUUGAUCCUGGAGUAGCUGAACAUCUUUUCGAUAAAUGCAUCAAUGGUUAUCUCAAAGAAAAAACAAGAGUAUUGAUUACUCAUCAAUUACAAUUCUUAAAGCGAUCAGAUAAAAUUCUCAUCAUGAAUGAAGGUCAAGCAUUGGCUUUUGGUACGUUCAAGGAGUUGAAUAAUAUUGGAAUAGAUUUCAUCAAGUUUCUUAAAGAAUCAAAUGAAAUUGAAACGAAUAAUCAGAAAUCAGAGGAAAUGUUAUCGAUUGAUGAACUUUAUGGAUUACCAGCACCAUCACGAUUAACCAAAACACAAUCGAAAACAUUGACACAAGUUAAUUCUUUACAAUUUAUGGAUCCAUUAGAUGAAAUUUCGAUCAUUGAGAAACAAAUGGAACAACGUGAAGAAAAAAUCUCAUCUGGUUCUCUUAAAGGUCGAGUUUAUUUGGAUUAUCUUUUAGCUGGUGGAAACUUAAUAUUGAUCGGUAUUUUCCUAAUAACAUCAUUCGCAUCUCAAGGAAUCAUGAACUAUGUCGAUCUUUGGUUAUCUAAUUGGUCAGAUGAGUCGCUUUUAUUAUCACAAUCAUUCAAUGAAACUUUGGAUGGAAUGAGUUUCAAAGAAUAUUCCAAACCUUUUGUUACACGAAAUGGUUUAAUCUAUUUGGGAUUAAUUAUAUCCUUAUUAGUUGGAGUUGUAAUUAGACUCGGAAUGAACUAUCGAAUUUGUUUGAAAGCUUCUGAAACUUUGCACAAUAGAAUAUUCAGUAAAUUGUUACGAACACCAAUAGUUUUCUUUGAGAACAAUCCUGUGGGUCGGAUAUUGAACAGAUUUACUCGGGAUAUCGGAGUUAUCGACGUGACACUUGCGUAUUAUACAAUCAUUACUAAUUCGGAUCUAUUGCAACUUUUUGGACUAAUUAUAAUCACUGCAGUAGUUUUACCAUACGUUAUUGUUGCAGCGAUUGCUGUCUUUUGUUUCAGUGUUUUCGUAAGGCAAAUAUACCUGAAAUCGGCUCGAUUCUUAUCAAGGGUUGAAGGACAAACUAGGUCACCGAUUUAUGAUCAGAUCGCCUCAACUUACGAAGGACUCACUUCUAUUCGAGCUUUUCAGUACGAAUCUCAGUAUAUUAAGCAGUUUUAUCGAUACUUGAAUGACAAUAACUCUUGUAAAUUUAUGCUCUUUGGUGCCAAUCGUUUGCUCGGUGUAAUUCUCGACUUCGUAAUGCUAUUAUUGCUUGCUGUAAUUCUAACAAUACUUCUAACAUUCUCGGACCAAUUCGAAGGAGGUAAAGUUGGUCUCAUUUUAUCAACGAUGUUGACAGUAUUUGGAGCUCUUCAAUGGACAAUUAGAAAUACUUCUGAUCUUGAGACAUAUAUGAUUGCAGUCGAAAGAGUCCUCGAGUAUGGUGAUUUACCUUCUGAACCUUCAUGGAAAACUACCAAGUCUAACUUGUUACCUUCAAUAUGGCCUGAUGUUGGAAACAUUAAGUUCGAUAGCGUUUACUUUACUUAUCCAGGAUCAGUUAAUCCAGUUUUGAAAAAUUUAACUUUCGAUAUUAAAGGAGGAGAAAAGAUUGGUAUUGUUGGUCGAACUGGUGCUGGAAAAAGUUCAUUAAUAUCAGUGUUGUUUCGAUUGUCAGAGUUUCAAGGAAAUGUUCUAAUCGACAAUAUUGACAUUCAACAACUUGGUUUACAUGAUUUACGAAAGAAAAUAUCGAUAAUACCACAAGAUCCACUUCUUUUUACUGGAACAAUUCGUAGUAAUCUUGAUCCAUUAAGUGAACAAUCAGAUGAAUCCAUUUGGUCAACCCUUAAAGCCGUAAAUCUUUCACGGACAAUCGAGUCUAUGCCUGGUGGUUUAGAUGCAAUAGUAACUCAAGGUGGAUCUAAUUUAAGUUUAGGACAGCGACAAUUACUUUGUCUUAUUCGAGCUCUUUUACAACGGAAUCGCAUAAUGAUAUUGGACGAAGCUACUGCAAAUAUGGACCAUCAAACUGAUUCACUGAUUCAGGAAACAAUUAGAAAAGAGUUUAAAGACUGUACUGUCCUAACUGUAGCUCAUCGACUAAAUACAAUAAUCGACAUGGACAAGAUCAUCUUAUUGGACGCUGGUCAAUUGAUUGAAUAUGGAGAACCAUAUUUACUCUUGAAAGAUGAAAAUAGUCACUUUAAAUCAUUAGUUUCUAAAACUGGCCCUUCAUAUGCUAAAAUGUUAUUCACUAUUGCUGAGAAAUCUUAUCGUUCAAAACAUGUAACCGAUUGUUAAUCAAUUGUUUUCGAUGUGCAUUUACAGUAGUAGUUAGUUAAUUGUCGAAAAGUUAAUUUGUUAAUCCGAUGAAUUAGAUUCUAGGCAAUAACUUUAUCUAAUCUUUAAUUUCAUGUUACUUAAUUUACUUCGUUACUUAGUUUUGAUUUUCAAUUAAUGAAAUUGACCUGAACCUUUUUCCUUCUUAUUAAUAAUUCAACAACAACAAAAACUGACCACCAACUAAUGGACAGCUUAACCAACAUGUAAUUUUCAAUCAAUUGAUUAAGGCACGUUAUUAAUAAUAAUAAAUUUGUUUUCCAAUUUAAUUGACCUGAAUAAAUGACCAAUAGAAAGGUACUUGAAUUGAA